CAAAUCACGUUUAUUUAUCUCCCGGAAGAAACAGCCCGAGCCACACAGAAGAUAAAGCGCCAACUCCGCUCUGGUGCCAGUAACACCACCACCACCGCCAGCACCAGCGCCACCACCGCCGUUUUCGACCCCAUGAGGGCCGCACUUCUGUGCUUUCCAACCCCGUGCGUCAGGCAGCCGUCGCCCAAUUUCAACCCCCUCCCCGUCCCGCCUCUCUGCCGGCCUCCCCACCUCGCCUCCGCCGCUUCUCCGAAGACCGCCCGCCUCUCGCUCCUCCCCCGCCGCCGCCGCCGCCGCCGCGGCCGCCCGCCCGGCCUCGUGGCGUCCGCCGGCACGGAGGAAGCCGAGCUGCAACCGCCCGCCGGCCAGCAGCAGGGCGACGCCACCCCCGAGGACUUGGAGAACGUUCGCCAGAUCCAAAGGGUUUUGGAGCUUCUCAAGAAAAAUAGAGACAUGCUCUUCGGUGAGGUUAAGCUAACCAUUAUGAUUGAGGACCCUAGAGACAUUGAGCGGAAGAGAUUGCUUGGCAUUGAGGAUCCUGAUGAAGUCACUCGGGAUGAUCUGGCUGUUGCUUUGGAAGACGUAAAUGAAGGGAGAAUUCCAGAGAAUCGAAAUGCUCUGCGGUUGCUUGCUAAGGAGAUGACAGAAUGGCCUGACCUUGAGGUUGAAGCACCAAAAAAGAAGAGCAGGCCUAACAAAUCUCUUUAUGCAAAAGCUACAGACACAGGAGUCGAUCCUAAAACGGCUGCGAAGAGACUUAACGUUGACUGGGAUUCUGCCGCUGAUAUCGAAUCUGACGACGAGGCGGCUGACAUAGAAGUGCCCCCAGCUGUGGGAUAUGGUGCUCUUUACUUGGUGACUGCUUUGCCGCUUGUGAUUGGAAUCUCUGUAGUCCUGAUCCUUUUCUACAAUUCUCUUCAGUAAAAGCUUGGUCACAGAUGUCGAAGGUGUCGAUGAUUAUUUUGGAGAGAUGAUGGGUUCGUUCGAGAGUUAUUGAUAUGCUACUGUGUUUAUCUCCUUACUAUUGAUGUGUGUGAAUUUACUGAUCAGUGUAUGUGAAGUUUUAGGCGUUUCUUCUUCGUUGUCUUCUUCAUCAUCACGAUCAUCUUCUUUUUCUUGAGAUGUAUCAUGUACUUGUUGGAGUUUAGAAUACCUGAUCGUUAUAUGCAUGCCAUUUAGAUUAUGAUUUA